CUCGGUGCUCCUCCAGCCUGCUCACUGGCUGACUCCACCUUACCAUACGUGACCCUGAAAGCGUGGAGAAGGAAAAAAAGGGAAGCGUUGCUGCUGGCAGUGAAAGGGUUACGGAGAGAGAGAAACUGAGAGGUGUUCAUGUACUGCUGCCGCCACUGCUGCUGGACGCGGCGUCUCUGUCGCCAAGCAGCGCUGCGCUUUCGCAGAGCGCUCACCCUUCGCUCUUCGCACUUUUUCAGCCCCUUGGUGCUCGGACUCUUGUUUUUUUUUUUUUCUUCUUUUUUCUUUUUUUUUUGUGAAGAAACGGGAGGAAUUCGCCUUGAGUAUCGACGCCGGGGUCCGGGGACGGACAGGGACAGAUAGAGAGCGAGAGAGAGAGAGAGAGAGCCCGUCCAGGGAGGGAGCAGCGCAACUCGCAUCGCCGGGGCUGAGCCGCGAGAGGGGGGCGCCAGCGGAGGAGAGCGCCCUGAGGAGCCUCUGCCGCCCUCGGACGGAGCAAGCAUGCAGCCCGGGAGACCGGCGACCGCAGGGCAGCACGGCACCGAGGCGUCCACGUCACCUGGGAGCCGGCCGGACCUGUGGGCUCCGUGGGCACAUCACGCGCUCGCGUGAAGGACAGCGGGGAAGAGGGACGCGUCCACUAUGUUCCGAGGGUGUGCUGUACAGAGGGUCAAAGGCUCCGCUGACAAGCAGGUCUCUGGAUUCAAAUGUCAAGCCUCAGAGAGUCUCCCCCAAUGUGGGACCACCUGCAUGUAACGAGCGAGCGAGUGGGAGGGAGGCAGCCGACAGCACGCCUCUAAAUUGGACCCCGCUGGGCUGCGCUCGACGAACUCCACCAGCCGUCUGUUCCCCGAGCGUGGACAAGGCUGGCCACGAGGCCACGCUACUUAACGAGACCCCAGGUGCCUCACAAUAGCGUGCCUGUCAGAAAAGUGAGUGCCGACAUAAGGUCUCAAAAAGAACUUUCUGGUGGAUUUCUGUUUCCUAUUUUUUUGCGCUUAAUUUCAAUUUCCAUCGUGGUUGUGUUGGCAGCCUCCAGGCUCCAUCCGCCUUGACAGUAUGGAGUUACAGGUGGGAUUAUGGAAUAAGGACUGGGCUGCUUUUCUGAAGUCAUGGAUAACUAUUUUGCUAAGCCUUCACCUGCAGUUCUACCAGGUGGCAGGUUGCCCCCAGGAGUGCCGGUGUGACAAGAUAUUCCUUUACUGCAAUGACCGCAGCCUAACAUCAGUACCUCUGGGAAUACAAGAGGGCUACAAGAUCCUUUACCUCCACAAUAACCAAAUCAACAAUGCAGGGUUCCCCCUGGAACUACAUCAUGUGGCCUCCGUGGAGACUGUCUUCCUAUAUGGCAACCAGUUGGAUGAGUUCCCCCUCAACCUGCCGCGCAACGUACGUGUGCUCCACCUGCAGGAGAACAACAUUCAGACUAUUUCACGCGCUGCUCUGGCCCAGCUGAGCCGACUUGAGGAGCUGCACCUAGAUGACAACUCCAUCUCCACCGUGGGGGUGGAGGAAGGUGCCUUUCGUGAGGCUGUCAGUCUGCAGCUGCUCUUCCUGACCAAGAACCACUUGAGCAGUGUGCCCAUUGGGCUCCCAGCAGGCCUCCGUGAGCUACGACUGGAUGAGAACCGCAUUGCCGUGGUUGCAGGGGAGGCUUUCCAUAACGUUACUCGCUUAGAGCGACUCCUUUUAGAUGGAAACCUGCUGACAGAUGAGGGCUUGGCCCCAGGCACCUUUCAGGACUUGGUCAACCUCCGGGAGCUGUCCUUGGCUCGCAACUCCUUGACCACUCCUCCCCCUCUCCUCCCUGGAGACUUUCUGGUCCGACUCUACUUACAGGACAAUCAGAUGAAUGAGAUCCCUGUGACGGCCUUCUCCAACCUCCGCCAGCUCGAGAGACUGGAUAUUUCCAACAACCAGCUGCAGUCGCUGACACAGGGGGUCUUUGAUGGCCUGGUCAGCCUCAGACAGCUCACUGUUCGGAACAACUUGUGGGUCUGUGACUGCAGUGUCCGAUGGGUCAUUGCGUGGCUCAGAUCUCUGCCGGCAACGCUCAACGUUCGUGGGUUUAUGUGCCAUCGGCCUGAGAGGGUGCGUGGCAUGGUGAUCCGUGAACUCAGCUUGGACGCGAUCCAGUGUCCCAGGACCACAGUUCCUGGUCCUACAUUGCCACUCAAUGAUCCAUCCCCGUCUGCCACCACUGUCACCACCACCUUGCCUCUUCCUGACCUGCCAUCGACCAUGCCCACAUUCCCCACCCUUACCCCGCCCACCAUGGAAAACAUCCCUAGGACUGACCUUCCUCUUCCCCCUUACCAAGAUCCCCUCCAGAUUGCCUUUAACUUUGUCAAUGGCACCUUUGUCCAAGUGAGCUGGGCAUCUGCCUUCCCAGUUGCAGCCUACAGGAUUUCCUGGGUCAAACUGGGCCACAACCUGGCUGGCGGCAUCACCCGGGAGCGAACGGUGGGUGGAGAGUGCCAGGAGCUUGACCUGGCCAAUUUGGAGCCCAAGUCUACCUAUCGGGUGUGUGUCCAUGUGCUGGAUGCCCUAAAUGCCUAUCGUCCUGGGGACGAUGCCGUUUGCUCUGAGGUCACCACCAAGUCAGCCACGUUUCGCGGUGGAGGAGGUGGGAGCCGGGCAGGGGGGCCAGAGCAAGCCACACAGCAGGAUGCUAACUCCCCACUCUUGCUUGCCAGCUUAAUAGGUGGUGCAGUCCUCCUUGUCCUGGUUGUGCUGCUGAGUAUCUUUUGCUGGCAUAUGCACAAGGCAGGGAGGUCCUCCUCCACAUCCAAGUGGAAAUACAACAGGGGGAGGAGAAAAGAUGAUUAUUGUGAGGCAGGGACCAAGAAGGACAACUCGAUCCUUGAAAUGACUGAGACCAGUUUCCAGAUAGUCUCUCUGAAUAACGAGCAGCUCCUCAAAGGGGAUUUUAGAAUACAGCCAAUUUACACUCCAAACGGAGGCAUUGGUUUCCGAGACUGUCAUCUCAGUAACAAUAGCACACCAUACUGCAAGAGCAAUGUACCUAAUGUAGACUUCUGCCACACAUGAUGAUUUAAAGUCAAUCUUGAACCUUUGUAAUAAGAACAUAGUUAAAUAUGAAUACAUCUGUACAAAAAAAUGUAUACAUUUUCAAGACCUGUCU